GUGUUCAGUUGAGCUCGUUCGUAUAUUGUACCGCUGAGCAUUUCUUGUGGAAAUCUUGAGACAAGACAACGAGAAGUCUGCAUAGAUACAGUCUACGGUUGAAAACUUUGACGGGUUGGGCGCCCUCACCCACAGCACCCCACCAUGCCUCUUGUUACCAGGAACAUAGAGCCGCGGCACGUCUGUCGCCAGACCCUCCCCUCCACCAUCCGUAGUGAACUGGAAUGUGUCACCAAUAUCAGCCUGGCUAACAUCAUCCGCCAGCUGGGCAGCCUCAGUAAAUAUGCAGAGGAUGUGUUCGGGGAGCUCUUUGUCCAAGCUGGAGCAUUUGCAAUCAGAGUAAAUACACUGGGAGAAAGAGUGGACCGUCUGCAGGUUAAAGUCACCCAGCUGGACCCCAAAGAAGAGGAGGUCUCUUUGCAGGCCAUCACCACCCGUAAGGCUUUCCGCAGCAGUAUAACCCAGGAUCAGCAGCUGUUCACGAGGCCAUCUCUGCCCAUGCCUGUGCAGGACACCUACAUUACCUGCAACCCUCCCCCACCACUGAACCACCUCAGCCAAUACCGAGAUGAUGGAAAAGAAGCCUUGAAGUUUUACACCAACCCCUCCUACUUCUUUGACCUGUGGAAGGAGAAGAUGCUGCAGGACACCAAGGACAUCAUGAAGGAGAAACGCAAGCACAGAAAGGAGAAGAAAGACCACCUGAAUCAACGGACGCUCAACCCACGAAAAAUCAAGACCAGGAAGGAGGAGUGGGAGCGCCGAAAGAUGGGGGAGGAAUUUGUGGUGCCAAAGAAUGAAUUGAUGAAUUCCUCUGAGGGUCUGAAUGGCAGUAUCGGAUCUGGAGAAGGCUUCCAAUCUGAAGGCCUUGAGCAGAGUACCGGCUCCUACUCAUAUGAUCCCGGUUCUCCUCUCUCUCCUCCUGGCGGUGAUGACUUCCUGCCUCCUCCACCUCCAGACAUGGCGUAUAAUGACGGACAGUAUGGAGCACCUGCCCCAAAGCGUGUCAGCAUGCUGAGCCCAAGCCACCCACCUCCUGCUCCACCCAUGGCCUCUUCUCCACCCAACUCUCGUCCCAACCUAGCUCCUCCUGCUCCUCCUCCCCCUCCUCCACCCUCUGGCUUCGGGGUUCCUCCUCCACCCCCUGGCUUUGACACCGCACCAUCCCCUCCCCCACCUCCUUCCGCCUAUCCUUCCCCACCUGCUCCUCCUCCUCCACCUAAUAUGAGCACUGCUGGUCCUCCUCCUCCACCUCCUGUACCUGUAGGUGGUGGUCCACCUCCACCUCCUCCACCUCCGCCUCCCCCUGGCCCUCCUCCUUCAUCCUUUAACAACCCUGCUCCUCCUGCUCCUCCUCCCUCUGGUGGAGGCAGCUCUGCUCCCAAACCUCAGCCGGAGCCUGCUGGUGAUGCACGCAGUGAUCUACUGCAGGCUAUUCGACAAGGUUUCAACCUGCGUAAGGUGGAGGCCCAGAGAGAGCAGGAGAAGAGGGAACACUUUGGAAACGACGUGGCCGCUAUCCUGUCCCGCCGUAUCGCCGUGGAGUGCAGCGACAGCGAGGAUGACUCUUCAGAGUUUGAUGAUGAUGAGUGGUCCGAUUGAUCUUCAUCUCUUUCCACCUUCACUACCACCUUUGUAUCUUUCCUCAGCUGUAAAUGUCAUCCAUGUAUUUCUGUUCGUAUCACACUCUUCUGUAGCUCUUCACUCGUCACGGAGCAGAGGUGCACAGCGUGCAGGUGUGUCAGGUUUUGGGUGUAUGAGCACAAUGUGUGGUACUAAUCACAUUCCUUAACCCGUCUAUUAAUAUUUUAACUCAAACUAUGAGAUCAGAAGAUUGAGUGUGACUGUGCAUGGCUCUGAGUCAAUUUGGAGUAACUUUUUUUUAGAUGACACAUCGCUGUAAUGGAUGAGUGUUGUGAUGUGAUGCACGUCUCUCUGAGACCGUGCGUAAGCACACCACAUCUUUCUUUAUGUAAGUGUUCCUCAGACUCAGAUACCUGCAGGAACUGCUAAAUGACUGCUCUUUAUCUGAUCUAGUUAUUAUACCAAGCACAAGAGAGAGGGAACACACUCACAUAACGUCUUCCAUAUUGUAUGAACUCAGUUGUAAUGUCAGAGUCUUCCUGCUCAUUCAUAGAUUAUAUGAUAAAGAUGUAAAGUUUAUAUUGCUUAUUGAACCGUAUCUACUAAAGACAAUUAAUGCAAUCCCUUUGUAUGCCUUUAGAGCUUUUUUAAUCACUCUUUCUUUACUUAUUAUUCAGUUGUCAUGGGAACAAUUGACUUGUGGAUGAGAUAUUGUCAUAGCUUUUUAACAAAUUAAUGAAUGAAUAAUUUAGUGUGAUACUGGCUCAUUGCAGACACCUGGGGUGUUUGGUGAGAUCAUACCGAAACAUAUGCAGACAACAACAACAAAUAUCCUGAUUCUUUUUCUCUGGGUCUCAGCUCUAUUUUGUAUUUCAUUUGUUUUUGUAUUUUUGUUGCUCCUCUUUGUGGGAUAAACUAGUGCUUUAGCCACUGUGCUUUGUCUAAUCAGGCAGAUUUUUGCCUUUACCUGCAUGAUAAGUGCCUUUUUUGUACUGCAUUUCAGUGUCAGUGAAGGUUUGUUUUACCUGGUCUUCCAUGAAUAUUAACAGCUGCCAUUCAGGAGUCAAAUGUGGAAGUGACUGAUGUUUAGUGUGGACUAGAGAUGUAACAGUAUCUUUAAUUUCACGGUAUCAUGGUGACGGAAGAGUCUCAAUACCGUCACAGACUUGAUGGUUUCAAAUGAUAGGUCCUCAGGGUGAAAAGUUGAGUUUUUUUAGAAGGUGAAGAGUGAAGGGAAGUGGGAACUACAGUUAUCAUGAGCCUGUGCUCAAAAGAUCGAUAUGGCAGUGUAUCAUCACACACACCUUGCUGAUACACAUAUCUAUAUAGAUUUUACAGAAUCAAUACGUCGUAUAUGCUUUGACAGCAGUUUUAUAUCAGACAUCCUUUUGUGCUGCAGUUAACAAAAAAGCCAGCAGAUGGCAGCAGUCAUAUAACUGCAAGAUGCAACCCCAGUGCAUGUCACAUGCAAAUGGUGGAUCCUACGAGGGGAACUGGGUGAGAUUCAGUCAGGACCACUUUGUGGUUUAUGAAUUUUCUCUUUUAAGCAGUUAUUAAUUGGCACUUAUACUGUUAUGUAUGUUUGGCAGUCUGACUGUUCUGGGAUCCCCUGCCCUUCCACAAGCCUUCAUGGAAAGCAGGAACAGCACACAUUCCUGCCUACAAGGAAAGCCUGAGGCAGGGAGAGAGGCAGCCAAAAGGGUGGAAUUGGCACUGAUUAAGUCAGAAGCAGAAUGAAGGAGGAGCUGGGGUAGAGGAGGGUUGCAAGAGCAGCUUGCAGAGAGAGCAGCAGAGCAUAGCCAGGUAAGAGCAGUUUAAAUGUGGCAGCAUGAAACCGAUUAGCCAAUAGCAGGCUUAGCGCAAAUCAGCUGGCUGUCAGCGGAUGAGGGCUUGCAUGAGAUCAGCUGAUCUCAGUUAUGGCAGUGCUUGACUCCAUGGCCUGCCUGAACUACUUAAAUCUGACACUGCCAGACUGACACCCUUGAUAGGGAAUACAAGUAACAUGAGGUGUCACAAGUCCUCACCCCUGAGAAGGUUUGCAGAUGUAAGGAGCAGAAUCUGGCCAGGCCAAAGACUCUCAAGGAAACAGACUCUUCACAAUCCCACUUCCCUACAACAGCAUGAGGGCUCACAAUGUGUAUUGGUGAUUAUAUCACCAAAAACCUACAGCUAUUUUCAGUCCAGUGCAUACCUACGGCACUUUUUUGCACAUAUUCUAAUAUCCAGAGUGCAAUUGUUUGACAAAUGCCAAAGUCACUUUUUUCAAGUCUUUAUAUGUUGUUUUUUGGCUUUUUUGAUACCACGAUAUUACCAAACCGUUACAUUUUGAUACUGUUUCAUCCCUAGUGUGGACCACAUUAUUUUCAAGUGCCUUUUAUUUUGUAUGUGCCUUUGUGAAAACACAAUCACAGCAUGCUUAGCCAACAUUCUGUCUCUCCUGCCUUGAAUUUCCAAAUGAUUAUAUUAAAUUCAAUAAAGACAGUGAAUGCA